GAACGGAGCGGAUAGCCAUGAAUCUAACAACGUUAAAAUGGAGUUGACAUGCUUCAAGUGCAACAGACGUAUCCGUGUGAAUGAAGGCACGAAAGAACUGGCCGUACAUUUACGCUGGGUGCAUGGAAUCUGGGGCUCUACGGAGGAAAGACUCAUAUGUUGUCAAAAUGGUUGUAUGAAGACUUUUACCCUAAUGAAUUCCUUCUUGAGGCAUAUUAGAUUAUUUCACAUGUUUGCACCUAUUAUUAAAAACCCCAAUGGUCAGGAAAUUCAAAAUCAUGAGCUGGAGAAUGAUGAACACAAUGCAGGUUCAGACUCUGAACCCGAAGAAGAAGAUCAAGAUGCAGAUGACCCAGAGCAGGCCGAUAUCGAAUACUUUAAUAAUUUUGAUGAAGAUUUAGUAAAGCAAGUUGCUGCCUUACUGAUUGUGAAACUAAGAUCUUCUGCAUCAGUGACUUUUUCAACAAGAGACAAGGUUAUCAAUGGAACCAAGGUGAUUUUUAGUAAUACUCUUCAGGCACUCAGACAACAUACAUUGUCUGUAAUGCAGAAUCAUGGGAUUGAUCCAAAUGCUGAUGAUGUGCAGGAGUUGUUUGGAAAGUUUUCUUCUUUAGAAAAUCCAUUUUCUGGCCUAGAGACACCACAUCAACAGAUGAACUAUAUGCUGGAUAGAUUAUUGUUAGUGCCACCAGUUGAAACAGCUUUGGGAACUAGGAUUGAUCAGGCUGUUGAUCGAAAAACCGGUCAGACAAUACAAAAACUUGUAACGGAAACAUUCCAGUACAUUCCUGUGUUGGAAGUACUAAAACUUGUCUUGAAUGAACAGGUAAGGCAACUUGUUGACAGUGAAAAAAAGUCCCCUCAAGGAUACUUCAUCGGAUAUCAGGAUGGGUACUCUGCUGGUCAGCAUGGAUUUUUGAUUGAUCAUCCAAAAGCACUUAGAUUCCAGCUGUAUUACGAUGACGUGGAAGUCGUUAACCCCCUUGGUAGUAAAACAGGAAUACACAAACUUGGCCUGUUUUAUUAUUCAAUUCAAAAUCUCCCACACCACUACAAUUCUUCAAUGAACAGUAUAUUUCUAUUGGUUGUAUGUUACUCAGCUGACUUGAAAAAAUAUGGAUUCGCACCAAUUUUUGAAACCGUUCAUUGA